AAAGAAUCCUGUCGAUAUAGACCUUUCCACAAUCAGGCCACGAGCCAGGGCUGCUGUACUCCCACAAACCCAUCCUUUUGGAUACACUCAUAAGAUACGCUUUGAUGACCAAGUCACGGACGCGCAAGUGCUGGAGCUGCAAGCAACGCCGCCUCAAAUGCGACGGAGGGUUGCCCCACUGCCUGAAAUGUUGGAGCCACGGUGUUGAGUGCCUCGGCUACAAGAAGCCUCUGGUCUGGGUUGACGGAGUGGCUCGGCGAGGGCCUAUGAAAAAUCGGACUUUUGGAGAUGCCCAAACUCAGCCACUAUCGCAAAGACCUUCGUUACAAGGGUCGACAUCAGUUAUCUCUCAAGGACAGCAUCACCAGAACGAACAGUUGACAAAAGCGUCCGGAGGUAUUCCGAUGCCAGUGGCCCUUGUUGAGCCUCUAUUCAAGGAUUUGAGUUAUACGUCAAGAUUCUUUAUCGACUAUUUCUCAAAUUGCAUUUGCCCAACUCUGGUCCUCCAAGAUCUGUCAAACAACCCAUAUCGUAAUGUCAUUCCCUGGAUCAACACACCAACUGUAGCAAGUGCUAUAAUGACAAUAUCGUCCUGCCACUACAUUCAGUAUGUUACGAACUGCCCAAUGGCGGAGUUGUUACCACAAACCAGAAAUGGAGCAGUUCUCUCCGCUCUAUCGAAACCCGUUUUAGGCAGUCUAAACACACGCAGCGGAUCAAUAGUGAACUACUAUUUACGGUCCAAAAGCCAUUGUCUGGGGUUGGUCUCUGCAGCAUUGGCAAGACAUAGAACUACUCAGGAUCAACAGUCCCUGCUCAUCACCGUUGUCCUCCUUGCCUUCCUGGAUAUUUUUGAGAGCGGAUCUGGUGCUUGGAGCUAUCACAUUGAAGGUAUCAAGAAGAUGCUUGAAGUUGGAGCCAUGACGGGUACAUCUUCUUCGGAUAAUAACCUUCAGAAUCUUCUCCACGAGGCUGCCAUUCUUCAAAUAUUUGGCUCGUCUCUUGCAAAGCCUGGGGUUCUGACCAGUGCGUCCACACUAUCUUCCAUGCGGACUCCAGCUUUCUCUACCAUCACGCCAAUCGGAUGCCCUAUCGAAAUUUUAUCGACUAUUGAGAUCUUUGCCUCUCAAAGACGGCAUGACUUUGUUUUCGCUGAACAUACCACCAACAUUGCCGUGCUUGAAGAUGCACUGCAUCGGCUGCGUUCAUAUGAUAUCGUAUCGUGGGCUAUGCAUAACACUACAGAAGUUUCGAAAGUAUCAUCCGAAGAUUUGGUGCGACUUGGUACUAUUUGGCAGCUCUCAGCUGACAUCUACGCCUGCCGUAUUCUUGCCUGCCUCACCGGGUGUAGUCUCACAUCUGAGUCACUACAGGUUCAAGAUCUCAUAGCAGAGUACGCAUUUCUCGAACGAGAGGACGAUGAGCUGAUUAAGUGUCUCAUAUGGCCAACAUUUAUUGCCGGAGCAGCAAGUACAACCUAUGAAACUAGAGCUUGGGUGCUCAAAACUUUGGAUCGGAUCUGGAACACAGGGCAUUGUGCCAACACCAAGAAUGCUGCAAAUGUUUUGGGAAAGCUCUGGGAGAAAUACGACCAGACGAAUCCCAGUUCUUCGCAUACAUAUGGCACUUCUCAUGCAACUGAGUACUCGUCGAUGGGUUACUCUGCCUGGGACUGGCUCAAGGAGCUAUCAAGUCUGGAAGGCUCUUGGCUUUUCAUGUAAAGAUAUAACUACUAAAGUCAUACUCAACCUCAUAAUCCCCAGCAUCCACAUCACUAU